AUGAAUGGUGACUCCCCAGCUGUAUUUGAUAUUUUAAAUCAGCAAAUUUCUCAAGAUGGUACUUUUACAUGUAUUAAAGUUGGAAGCUUUGAUUCAAGUUUGUCUGCUGGAAAAGAAAUUGUUAUAAAUGCAAAUGCGAUCAAAUGGAAUUCAGCUUUCUCUGGAGUCCCACACUCUGUGUGCAGUGAGAGCUGUUCUCCAGGAUAUUGGAAGUCAGCUCAGAAGGGUCGGCCAGUCUGCUGCUUUGAUUGUGUCCCAUGUUCUGAUGGGGAAUUCUCCAAUCAAACAGAUUCUGCUGCUUGCAUGAAUUGCCCAGAAGAUCAGUGGUCUAAUGCCUUUCACAGCAGAUGUAUCCCUCGUAUUAUUGAAUUUCUUUCUUAUGAUGACCCAUUGGGAAUAACCUUAUCAGCUGCAUCCAUUUUCUGCUUUUUCAUUACUGCUUCUGUACUCUGUAUGUUCAUUAAAUAUAGACAGACUCCAAUAGUUAAAGCUAACAACUGGGCACUUAGUUACUUCCUGCUAAUAUCCAUAAUGUUGUGCUUUUUGUGUGCCUUAAUAUUCAUUGGUAAUCCACGGACAUCAACCUGUAUGCUUCGUCAAGUAGUUUUCAGCAUUGUUUUUUCUUUCUGUAUUGCUUGUGUGCUUGCAAAGACCAUCACUGUGGUCAUUGCCUUCAGUGCUACUAAGCCAGAUAGUAAGUUAAGAAAAUGGGUCGGACCUAAAAUCCCUACCUACAUAAUUGUUUUAGCUUCAUUAAUUCAAGUUUUGUUGAGUAUAGUGUGGCUAGUUACCUCACCACCAUUUGAAGAACAUAACAUAAAAUCUACAAAAGAUAAAAUAAUAAUUGAAUGCAAUGAGGGUUCUAUAGUCAUGUUUUACUGUGUUCUAGGAUAUUUAGGCAUUUUGGCAAAUGUCAGCUUUAUUGUUGCAUUUCUAGCAAGAAAAUUACCCAAUAGCUUCAAUGAAGCAAAGCAUAUCACAUUCAGCAUGUUGGCUUUUACUUGUGUUUGGAUAUCUUUUGUACCAGCAUACCUCAGUGCAAAAGGAAAAUAUCUGACUGCUGUGGAGAUAUUUGCAAUUUUGUCUUCUGCUGCAGGGCUGCUUUGCUGUAUAUUCGCUCCAAAGUGUUAUAUUAUUAUGUUAAGACCCGAGAUGAAUUCAAAGGAAUAUUUAAUGGGGAAGUUAUAA